CGCUUCUCCGGGUAUCUGAGACAGGUUUUCUUGUCUGUCGGCUUCAGGGCCUCUGUGCUUGGACUCAGCCAUUUCCGCUGCCCCGGAGUCGCGGAGCCUCCUCCCCACCAAGUACCCCGGGCCCGAGGAUUCCCGUGGCCGUCACGAUUCCUCUGAGAUCUAUGCCCGCUCCACCCGCGCGGGUCGGGGCCGUGGGUCAGAGUCUUGCGUGGAGGCAGGGAUUUUUCUCCACCCGCCGUGCGUCUCUCUUCAAAAGCUGCCAAAUCAACCUUUGUGCGUUUUCUCCAGAGGGAAAGGCAUUUACGCUGUCCUGGGAAAUGGCCCCAGCGUCCCCUUCUCCUGACCGACCUGGCGAUUGCAGUGCGUUCCGAGUUUCCUCACAAACGGCACAUCCACUGCUCAGGGGCUGAGCGAUCAUGCAGUGGACCAUGUAAGCAGGAUGGAAAUGGCCAGAGUGUGUAUUAUAAGUCAGGUUCCUGGAAUUUGGGAUGCAAGAAGGUGAGUGUGAGCUUUUUGGGGGAAAAAUGUUUAUGAAUCUUACCAUGUCGGUCAAACAGCUCUGCCCCUCGGUACUUUAAUGUGUGUACUCUAAUAUAGAAUUUUUAACCAGUUCUUCAUGGGUAGCAAGAUACUGAAAACCAUUUUCUUGCUCCAGGUAACUCAAGGCGCUUUGUCAUAUUAUAGAAGUAGUAUGUGGUGUGUUAUGUGCAUGACAUGGAACAGCCUAGAGGUAUGUGAUUGUUGGAAUUGGACUGGACUCAAAGUCCGUGUCAUUCUUCUCUCUGAGGUCAUCUUUCUUGGGAUUCUUCCCGUCUCUAUGAGAGAAUAUUGAGGCAAGGAUGGUAGCUGGGUUACUGAUGGAUUCUUCUCAGCACUUAGUGACCUUUGAGGAUGUGGCUGUGGACUUCACCCAUGAGGAGUGGACUUUAUUGGACCAAAUGCAGAGAGAUCUCUACAGAGACGUGAUGUUGGAGAACUAUAAGAAUAUCGUUGCUCUAGCAGGGUAUGAACCAUGCAAACCCAGUGUCAACUCUGGAUUGGAAGGAGGGGAAGAACUGAGGACAGGAACUAGAGUUCUUCAGGCAUUGGAUUUACAACUCAAAACCAAAGUUUCCAUGUCUCUUCAAGAUAUUUCUGUGGACAAAACAUCAAAUGGAAUAGAACUGGAGAGAAGUGGGGCUGCAGUGAACCAGUGUGGUUCUAGCCUUUGUGGAAAAGUAUUCAGCGAACACCUGUUCCCUGUGACUCACCUUAGACACAAAACUUCUAACGGUAGGCAGAGUGGAAAAGUCUUCAAAAAGAACUUCAUUCAGACCUUCAAGGAAAUCCACAUUGGGGAGAAAACUUCUGAGUGUGUUCAACAUGAAAAAGCCUCCGGUCAGCUUUCACAUCUUACUGGGCACAAAAAAACUCAGACACGAGGGAAAUUGUGUGACUGCAGAGAUUGUCAGAGAACAUCAUUGUUUAAUGCACAUAUGAGACACCACACUGGAGAAAAAACAUAUGAAUGUAAAGAAUGUGGGAAAACCUUCACCCAUUCCUCAUACCUUACAGAUCAUAUAAAAAUGCACAGUGGAAAAAGGUCCUAUGUGUGCAUGGAAUGUGGGAAAGCCUUUACUCGAUCCACAGGACUCAUUUUACACAUACGGAUUCACAGUGGAGAAAAGCUGUAUGAGUGUAAGGAAUGUGGAAAAGCCUUUAUUCAUUCCUCAUACCUUACAAAGCAUGGAAGAAUUCACAGUGGGGAGAAGCCAUAUCUAUGUAAGGACUGUGGGAAAAGUUUUACCCGUUCCUCUGGACUCGUCUUACACAUGCGGACACACACUGGAGAAAAACCCUACGUGUGUAAGCAGUGUGGGAAAGCCUUUAACAAUUCUUCAAUGCUUAACCAGCACGUGAGGACACACACUGGAGAGAAGCCAUACGGAUGCAAGCAAUGUGGGAAAGCCUUCACUCAGUCAUCCGGCCUUACCACCCAUGUCAGAACUCACACUGGAGAGAAGGCCUACAAAUGUAAAGAAUGUGGGAAAGCAUUUGCUCGUUCCACAAAUCUUAAUAUGCACAUGCGAACACACACUGGAGAAAAGCCUUACGGAUGUAAAGAAUGCGGGAAAGCCUUUAGAUAUGCCACAUGCCUUAAUAUUCACAUGCGAACUCACACUGGAGAGAAACCAUACGCAUGUAAGGAAUGUGGGAAGACCUUCACUCAAUCUUCAGCACUCACUAAACACCAAAGAACUAAGGCAUGUGAAAAAACCUGAAAUGUCCCUCAGACCUUAGCAUUUAUUCACAUCUAUAACUCAUCUGGACAAAGACCUUAUGAAAGCAGCUCUUUCCUUCAGUGAGGCGGCUGAGCAGCCUCCCCAGCAGA